AUGUCUAAUUAAUAUUAAUUAAAAAUUUUAGCCUAUUUAUUGAUAACGAUGACAUUAUUGGUUAAUGUCAAAAUGAAUAUUCAAAUAGUAAUUUACUUGUGUUUAGCAUUAACCACUGAUGUGCUUAGCAAACAUGUCAAGAUCAUUGGUGGUAAAAAAGCCAAUAUAAAAAAGUUUCCGUACAUGGCCUCCUUAAGAUAUGAUACGAAUAAUAAGUUUUUUUGUGGUUGCACCAUAAUUAGCAAUCAACAUAUUAUUACGGCAGGUCAUUGCGUAGAUGGUUUAUUAGAAUCAAGUAUUAGAAUUUAUGCAGGGAGUAGUAAUUUAAACGAACAUGGAAUUGAAUAUUCAGUUCGCAAAAUCGAUUUUCCUGAAAAUUACGUUUGGAAAAUUAUGGAAGAUAAUGGAUCGAAAGUUAAACAUGAUAUUGCUGUUAUUACGAUUUAUCCAAGCAUUGAAUUCAACGAAUAUCAAAAUAAAAUCGAACUCGCAACAGAAGAUUUUGUGGAAGGCUCCAUUGGUACAAUAUCUGGAUGGGGAUGGGUAAAAUAUCCAAAUGGUGAAAAUCAUAAUAAAUUACAUUCGCAAAAAGUAAUGAUUUUAUCAAAUUACGAGUGUCAGCCUAUCUUUCCACUUCAAAUUUAUGAUCAUCAAGUGUGCACUCUUGGUAAAAAAGGAGUCGGUUCUUGUUUUGGAGAUAGCGGUGGACCGCUAGUAAUAAAUGGGAAACUUUAUGGCGUCUCUUCCCUAAUUGAACCUUGCGCAACAGGGACGCCAGACAUAUUUACACGAAUUACCCAUCAUUUGGAUUUUAUUAUGAAAAUUAUCGAGCCAUAA